AUGGAACUGUUAAAAAAUGGUUGUAUGGGAAUAGUCAUUGGCGCUAUAGGAUUGCCUCUUAUCAUUGCGACAAUCCCAUUUUUAUUGGGAUUUACUGUUGGAGGAAUCGCAUCAGGAUCGAUUGCUGCAUUUUGUAUGGCAUUCCACCGUGGAUAUGUCCCAAUUGGUGGUUUUGUUGCUACGAUGCAGAGUAUUGGUACAAACGGGUUAUAUUUAGCUUGUCGAAAAGCAACUGUAUGCUUUGGUGCGUUAGUUGGAUUGUUUAUAGGAUGUUAUGUAACAUUCGUAAGCAAUACUAACCACGCGGAAACGAUUAUUGGAUCGGUAUGA